AUGGCUGCGGUCUCCGGCGUUGCGUUCCUAUCCCAGUUACACGAGACAUGCAAAACUGUGCCCUUAGCCUCCCAGCACCAUCUGCAUACUAUGUCCACCCGUCGAUAUAGCCAACGGCGCAAUUUCAUUCAUUCUUUGUUUUUUUCUUUCUUUCCUUUACAGUUUCUUUUCUUUCUUUUUCUUUCAAGACACUCCUUUUUUCAAGCCAUUCUUUCUUUCUUUCUUUUUUUUUUCAUUUUUUCUUUCAUGACAUUUCUUUUUUCUAUCAUAAUAUUCAUCCAUUCUUUCUUUUUUACUAUUAAGAAAUUUCCAUUUUCUUUCACUCUUUGCUUCAUUUUUUCUUUCUUUUAUUCGUUAUUUUUUCUUUUUUUUCCUUUCAAUACAUUUCUUUCUUUAUUUCAUGGCACUCUUUUUUUAGAAGUCAUUUUUCUUUCUUUCUUUUUUCAAGACAUUCUUUUUUUCUUUCAAGACAUUUUUCCCUUUUUCUUUCAUGAUUCUUUUUACUUUCUUUCAUUCAAGACACUCUUUAUUUACAAGCCACUUUUUUCUUUCUUUUUUCUUUUUCUUUCACAUUUUUCUUUCGUGACAUUCAUUCAUUUAUUCAUUCAUUUUUUCUUUUUUUUCUUUUUAGACAAUAUUUCUUUCUUUCAUUCAAGACACUCUUUUUUCUUUCAAAUCAUUCAUUUUUUACUUUUACUUUCUUUUAUUCGGUCAUUUUUCUUUCUUUUUCCUUUCGAUACAUUUCUUUCUUUCUUUCAUUCAUUUAUUCAAGACACUCUUUUUUUCUUUCAAGCCAUUCUUUCUUUCUUUCUUUCACUCUUUCAUUCAUUCAUUCAAGACACUCUUUUUUCUUUCGAGCCAUUCUUUCUUUCUUUCUUUGUGAAGACUGCUUUUCCUUAG